GCAAGCGACGCUCGCUCGCAAGUGCCUCAGCUUUUUUAUACGCAAAUAAAUUGCAACGAAUUUCGCAAGCACAACACACGUGAAACUGCGCAAUUUUGAGCCGCUCCAAAUGAGUGCGAACCUCAAGAACCUUAAGAUGAGCCACUUUGGUGGUGCAGGCUUUGCUAUCUCAGCUGGCAAAUUGCUUGCAAACAAUAACACCAAUGGCAAUAGCGGUACAGGCGUUGGAAUAACUGGGGGUGUAGGUGGAGGCGGAAGUGCGGGUGCUGGCAGCAGCAAAUCAGCGUCCCAUGCAUUAGCCGAUGCGGAUAUCUUUGUGACGCCGAGCGGUACAAUAAUACCGCUAAUCCGCAGCAGAGACGUGCCUAAGCAGCUUCCAACGAUAGCUGCUGCAUUGCAACGACCAGCGGACGAACAUUUGGCUGCUGAAGACUUAGAUGCUGUGCAACUGGAACUGGAGCUAAUGCUCUCGAAUGUGGCCUUGCGUACGCGCGUACUGAAAGCAGAAUACGAUAAUUUGGACAAGGACGAGAAGCGCCAGGAUCGUCGGAAACUGGAACGCGCACCGCCCGGCUCACCGCCCACAACGCCGGGCAUGCUCAAUGGCCUAUUGGGAUUGGGCAGCAACAGUGCCGGAGGCAGUAGCAGCGGCAUCGGAAGCCCAGCGGCAACAGCGGCCAACAACAACUCAAAAAGAAAACUGCGCGAUGAGCCGACGGGCGUGCGAAAAAAACAAUCAUCCAUGACGAUACUUAAACAGCAGCAACAGCAGCUGGCGGGCUCCAAACAUAUGGCCAAGAACAGUCCAUUAGCCACGCAUACGGACGACAGCAUGGACUAUAUUACGACUAUGCCCGCCAUUAACCACCAACAGCAGCAGCAACAGCAGCAAACACAACAACAAAUUUUACCAAAGGUGGCAAUGCCCAAAAACGAUAUGCCAAAUAAAUUUUGGCUAUCAGUUGAGCCUUAUUGCAUGCCACUGACUAACGAGGAUCUGCGACUGAUUGACGAUCUGCUGGAGCAAUAUCGAGGGCCGCUGGUGCCGCCGGUGCCGUCGCUGGGGCCGCAUUAUUCCACUGUUUGGGCUCAGGAAGACAUGAAGGCCUUACAACCGGGUGGUGCGCGACAAAAGUCACAGAAUGCAAACGCCAUGCUAAAGAAAGCAGAGGGCAUGCUGGAGGAGGGUAUAACGGGGCCGCUGACACAGCGACUCGUCUCUGCGCUAAUGGACGAAUCACUGCCCAGCGAGCAGGCGGCGGUGGGGGAGCACAGCAAUAGCAGCAGCAACGAGAACACCCACUCACAUUCCUCAUCCACGAGCAAUGCGGCGGCAGCGGCGGCUGCCACUGGCAAUUUUCGCUCACUGGCAAUGCUCAAGCAUGGCGUUGGCAUUGAGCAGCGGCUGAAAAAGGAGCUGGUGAACAGCGGACUAAUUGAUCCCAAUGAACUGGGCGCACACGAGGAUGUGGAUGAAGUGUUGCUUGAAAUUAAACGCGUCACAGCCGAAAUCAAUACGGUGGCUCAAUUCAAUAGCGACGAAUUGCAGCGAUUGCGCGCCGGCGCCAGCGAGGAGAUCAAACGCAUCGAACUGAAACGUAAACUGGAUAGCAUCGAUCAAGAGAUACUUGAGUGCUAUAAGCGCAUGCUGCAGUAUCGUGCCAAGCGCAAGAUUCACACAAACGAAGAGAAACAGGAGAUUCUGCGUUUGACCAGCGAACAACGCGCCCUGGCCGAGCAAUUGGAGCGCAUGCAGCUGAUGACCGGUGCCGGCGAUGGCAAAUUGUAGGACAGGAGCUUGGCCUGGAGCUGGCGUCAAUUAAUGGCGCUGCAUCGGGCGGCAAUGCUGCUGCAGCAGUGGGAGCGUCAUAGCAUUUGGAACGAUAUUAGUUUCCAAUUGCAAUGUGUAUAAAAACGGAGGAAAACAAAACAAACAUAAAUAUGGAGAGAAUCUAAUCAAAUUUCGUCGCUGCUUAACUCGCCAGUUUGUAAAUUAGCAAACCAAACACAAACACACAUCAUGUACACCACUAUACACACCCACACACACAU